AUGGCACUGAAGUGGAGCAAUAAAAGAGAGAAUACAGCACAACUUAACAAAGAAAUAACUCAUUUCUAUGUCCAGCUAGCUAAUGACGAGUUGGUCGACUGCGUAGAGAACCGCACACACCAGCUGGAAGAUCUAGAAGCAGCAUUUGCUGAUUUGUGUGAUGAUGACACCGAAGAAAACCUGAAACGAUGGGCUGCAAAUCCUGGAAUGAAACCUCUGGUUCAACUGGUGCGUAAUUUGAAAGAUCGAAUGGGAACUCCAGAUUAUGAGAUGGUAAGCCUAUUCAUUUUUUUAAUGGUUACAAGCACGGAUGCUUACUUCCUUUCUGAUGGUCUCUAUGUCCCAGCUGAUCAGCUGGAGAACAAAAAACCUUUACAUCUGGAUGUGCGCCUUGUGAAUCCCUCCACAGCUUCUGGCGAUUGGGAGGGCAGCCAAGCUCCACAUUCUGCUAAAAAGUGCAAAUUAAGUGUUGAUGACUCAGGUGAUGCCUCCUCCUCGAAAGACUCUGCUGACCCGACCCACAGUUGCACAGCUGGACUCUCUGUUGGCUUUGGGGAGGGUAUCUCUGGGCAUGAGAAGCCGAGCAAUUCCCGGGUUCCCUCUGCAUCUGCUUCCGCGGGAAAACACCGGUAUCAAAUGUCAGAACUUGCGCGAGACAUUCUCCAUGUGCUGAAGAAGGGCAGUGCUUACGUUUUAGAUAUCGACUUGGACUUCUUUUCAGUUAAGAAUCCUUUCAAAGAAAUAUACACACAGCUGACUGNCCUUGUGACUAUAGCCCGAUCCAGCCUGGAUGACUACUGUCCUGCAGAGCAAGUGGACUUCAUACAAGAGAAGGUUUUGAAUGUACUGCGUUUGGUAUACGGCACCCUGGAUGUUAAUUUGGAAUAUUUGGAAAACCCAGGUCCUACCGGAACAGAAAGCUCAUCUACAGCAUAAUCAGCCUGGCUAUAGUCUAUGCCAGUGGUUCCCAAACUUGGCAACUUUAAGACUUGUGGACUUCAACUCCCAGAAUUCUCCAGCCAGCU